CCAACUUUCUUCGCCAUUGCAAAUGGGCUAAUGGCAACAAUCGUUCCUUCCCGCUAAAUCCCCCGUCGAUUCGAUUCAAGCGCAAUUUUCAAUUCUUAUUCCAAAUCGAUUGAUUUCGCCGAAGAAACGCAACCACGGCUCUACCUGAAUCCCUCGCUCCCCUCCGAAUCGUCCGUGUGAAUCACAGUGGUUUGAGUUGCGGCCUUAAGGUGGACGACAAGCACCGGAUUCCAUCACCGCACGGCGGUCGGGGUGCCUCACCGUCUGACGGUGGCUGCCCCUCCGAUCUCCUGUUCCUCGCUGGCGGCGGAUUUUUCGCCUCUUUGUUUAAUUUUAAUUGUUUCUUCGUUUGUGAAUAAUUUUUGAAUUUUCUUCGUACGCAUUGAAUUUGAUUUGUCGAAAAGAUACGUAGUUAGAUAGGUUACACGAAUUUUGGGGUAGAUGGAGAGGACAUUGACGAUAAAGAGGGUUCCGACGGUUGUUUCCAAUUACCAGGAGAGCAAUGCUUCUUCGGAAGACCUGAAAACUAGGGCUCAGGACUGCGGGCGCCAUUGCCUCGGAAACUGCUGCUUGCCAGUAUCUACUCUGCCUCUCUAUGCUUUCGGGACUGCCGACUCCGACAAUCUCGGAUGUUUUAAUGGAGAGCGUUCUUUGGUAUCCUCUUUGAGCAAUUUGUUGUUAGGAGAGUGGGAGGACCGAAUGCGUAGGGAACUAUUUAGGUACGACAUAGCCUCGUGCGAGACAAAGAUCAUCUCAGGGGAAUAUGGUUUCGUUACGCAGCUGAACGAGGGUCGACACCUCAAGAAACGCCCCACAGAAUUUCGCGUCGACAAGGUUCUUCAACCCUUCGACAACAACAAGUUCAACUUCACUAAAGUGGGUCAAGAGGAAGUCCUUUUCAGGUUUGAGCCGAGCCAAGAUGGUGAAUCGCAUUACUUUCCGAGCUCCCCUGUUCAUGCUGAGAAUUCCUCGCCUUCCGUCGUUGCAAUCAAUGUGAGUCCCAUCGACUACGGACAUGUCCUGCUUAUUCCCCAUGUCUCCGAUUGCUUACCUCAAGAAAUAAAUCACGACGGCCUCCUCCUCGCUCUACGUUUCGCUAAAGAAGCAUCGGAUCCGUAUUUUAGAGUCGGUUAUAACAGUUUGGGCGCGUUCGCCACCAUCAAUCACCUCCAUUUUCAGGCAUACUACUUGGCUGUCUGUUUUCCAGUUGAAAAAUCUCCGACCCACAGAACGAUGAGCAGCUCGGGACCGUACGAAACGAGAGUGAUUGUCUCUGAUCUACAGAAUUACCCCGUGCGCGGUCUUGUCUUCGAAGGUGGACGCAAUUUGCGAGACUUGUCGGACACCGUCGCAAGUUCUUGCAUUGCUCUCCAAACCAAGAACAUUGCUUUCAAUCUUUUAAUUUCCGACUGCGGCCGGAGAGUCUUUCUGCUGCCUCAGUGUUACGCGGAGAAACAGGCGCGCGGAGAAGUGGAGCCGGAGCUUCUGGAGACUCAGGUGAAUCCAGCGGUGUGGGAGAUCAGCGGCCACAUGGUUCUUAAGCGGCGGAAGGAUUUUGAUGAGGCGACGGAGCAGAGUGCGCGGCGACUCCUGGCUGAGGUUUCUCUGUCAGAGGAGAAGUUCCGGCGAGUGAAGGCGUAUGUUAUUGAGGCGGCGAAUUUGCUGCCGGAGGAGGAUUCCGGCGCCGUCGUCGAGGCAGAGUGCGAUGUGGAUUCCUCCUGCCUCGAUGUUGCCUCGCAGCAUCUCCCUCAAGAUUGCCUCGUGCUGCUCUGAUGAAUGUUUUUUCGCUUUCUCGUGUCUUCAUACAAUUUUUAAAUUUUUUUUUUUUUUUCGUAUUUAAUCGAUAUUUAACACAAGUUAUAUUUUUGUGUUCGACGAUUGCAGCUUAUUGACCAGCUACCAGCAGCUACAGGACGAGAGUUAUAUU